AAAAUAUGUAGCUCCAACAAAACAAACAUGUCCGACUUGGGACUGUGACCUAGCGGAACAGAAUUCACUUCUACCUAACGAUAUGAUAUCGUUCUUCUCAAAACUCUCUCUAAAUAACUCACAAAAACCGCCAGUGGAGCUCGCGAAGCCAGCUUAUAUGGACAAAAGUGCGACACUACAGGAGUUAGGGUAUAGAGAUGAGAACGACUUGAAAGAGACAAUAUACGACUUUUUGCGGACGAUACGGGACCCUGAAAAGCCGAGUACGCUCGAAGAUUUGAAGGUGGUUUAUGAAGAGGGGAUUUUUGUGAAGGAGCCUACUGCUGAUAAAGUUCCUGUGUUACGAGUGGAGUACAAUCCGACAGUGCCUCAUUGUUCGCUGGCGACGCUAAUAGGACUGUGCAUUCGUAUAAAGAUACAGCGUUCGAUACACCAUCCUGUGAAAUUGGAUAUUUAUAUCAAGAAAGGCGCACAUACCACGGAAGAUGAAAUCAACAAACAAAUCAACGACAAAGAGAGGAUUGCAGCUGCAAUGGAGAACCCGAACUUGAGGAAUCUUGUUGAAAACUGCAUUGCUGACGAAGAAUAAUCUUACAACAAUGGCGCCCGACGCAGCAUUCUCCAAUAUUAGUGACAAAAACGAAUUCACAAAGUUCACAAAAUUCUUAGCUUAUAAAGGCGUCCAAGUUAUAGUAGAAUCGAGGAAAGGGGUUAAAAUAGAACCGAAUAGUAAACCACAAUCGUCAGAUACUGAUUGGUUCAAUCUCCAAAUACCCGACACUCCUGAAGUUAACCAAGCAACCAAGAAUGCUCUUCCAUCAGACAGAAUACUUGAAACUAUCAGAUCACAACUGCACGUUGAAAUAUCAGUUCAAACGGAGGAUGGUGAUGAAAUGGUCCUUGAGUUGUGGACCUUAGAGUUAGAUGAGAGCCAGUUUGAUACCUCAUUGAAAGCCAUGAACACAGUAUACUUUCGGAUGGGGAUCUUGUUAAAGUCUUUGAUCACAGUAACGAGAAUAACCCCCGCAUACCACUUAUCAAGAAAGCAGAGGACGGAAUCUUUUACUAUAUUCUAUAGAGUUUACAGUGGGGAACCCAAAGUGAACGCCCUUGGCGAAUCUGUCAAGAAGAUACAAGCUGGGAUGCUAAAAACUCCUUUGGGAGCUAUUUGCUUCUCAGUUUCAUACAGAACAAAUUUCUCCAUAUCCCCAAACCGAACUGAGAAAAACAACGUGUUGCUACUAAAGAGUGAUCACUUUGAACUCAGUCCAAAACACGUAAUAUUUGAGUCGAAAAAGAAGAAGGAGCAAAAGAAAGAACCCAAGAAUUUUGGACCUGUCGACUUAAAUAAACCAUUACGGAUGGCAGCUUUUGCUGAUGAAGAUAUUGUCAUGCAGGUCUUCGACGAUUUUCUCACUAAGAUCCCCGUUCCUAAAUGUAGAAAGCGAUCUAAGGCUCAAAUUAAAAGUAGUGCUAUGGAGAUGCAAAGCACAAGGGAUCUGGACCUCACAACUAUCUCCAAAAGUCCGACCUCAAUGGAAAUGCCACCAAAGAAAUUCUCAGGUUUCCGAAAUGAGAAUGAACCACCUUUAAAACUCCUUCAUUUUCCAUUCGCUGAUGAUCAUCCAAUUAGAGAACUUGCGGAGUUUUAUAAAGACUUCUUCAACGCUCCACAUUUGAAGUUAGCUGACGAUCUAGCAAGAUCAAAAUCGAAGAGUCCAGAGUCAGUGAAAGAGAUGGAAUUAGCGAGUGAGGAUUUAUCAAAAGACCUUGAAGUGUAUGAAAGCUCUGUGCUUGAAUUUGAUGAGUUGAUUGCUGAAAUGUGCAGAUCGGCUGAAUGGAGCGGGAAUUAGGGAUCAAAGUGACCGUAAAGAUGGUAUAGGAUGACCCACUUCUUAAAAGCGCUUUGUGUGUUGCUUAUGCACAAAUGAUUAUAUUGCGCUGUUAGUAUGAUUUCUGCAUUGUAUAAAGACUGUGCCAUUAGUUCUCUGAGCAUUAAGGAAUGAGUUGUCCUACCAUAUUUGGAGGUCGGUGAAGGAUUGAAGACUGAUUAAUCUGGACGAUUUUAUAGUUCUGAGUAUAUGGUAUAGGAUGUUUGUGAUCGCGAUGGACUAUGAAUGAUUUAAUUUCAAUGAACAAUAUUUGCCCUUAUAUUAAUGUGAUGUAAAUACAAGCUGGUCUAAUGACAAUUUUGCUGUUUUGUUUCUACUAUACGUGUAAUAUUCAAUGUCUGUAAUUUUAUUCAAUUGAUGUAUGAAAUAGUAAUUGAAGUUGUAUUAGGAUUGCCUUUAUUGUCUCGUAUUUUACUAUAAUAGUAAUGCACUGCUCUCCGUAAUAUUAAUAGUGACGUAAUAAUAUGAUGCUAUGUAUGUUUGUGAACUCUUAGUUUAUAUUCUUGAUUCGGUUUAUGGUUCCAAAAAUGCAGUUAAUUUCUGCCCAAUGUUAGAGUUUGUAUAUAUUAUUUAAUAUACAUUAUAGUUUGCAUCGUU